AUGGAGAAUGUCUUGUCGCUGGACAGAGAAGUCAUUUACAACAUAGUGCUGGCCGUGGCACAGGCCCUGGAUGCUGCUGCUAAGUCCAGAUACAGGAGGGGGAUGCAGGAGGAUGGGAGCAGGCCAGGCAUUCAGAGGCUGCAGCCCUGGCAGCUGCACCGAUUCCUGAGGGACAUCCAGUUUUAUAAUGCUUCCAUCAUCGAUGGUGCAUACUGGGACAAGAAUGGGGAGCUGGUUGCUGACUUAGACAUUGUGUACUGGGUGGUGUUUCCCAAUUUGUCCAUCUUCCAUAAGAAACUUGGGAACUUGAAAAGACGUGGAUCGGGAGACCUCACACUCACGAUCAACAAGGACGCUGCUGAGUGGCCCAAACGGAUCAACAAGCCCCUUCCCCUCUCCAGGUGUGUGGAGAGCUGUCGCCCGGGAUCUGUCAAGGUGGUUCAGGAAGGAGAGCCUGUCUGCUGCUACGCCUGCACCCCCUGCCCUGAAGGGACCUUCUCUGUCUCGGAAGAUGCAGAGCAGUGCAGCAAGUGCCCAGAAGAUCAGCACCCAGACGAGGACCAGGAUGGAUGCAGAGCCAAGGACAUCACCUUCCUCUCCUACGUAGAACCUCUGGGGAUCAUCCUGGCUUGUUUUGCCCUAUUCUUAAGCAUCACCACAGGAUUUGUGCUGGGAAUCUUCAUUAAAUUCCUCAAAACCCCAAUAGUCAAGGCCAACAACCGGAACCUCUCCUACAUUCUCCUUGUCUCCAUCCUGCUCUCCUUCCUGUCCUCAUUCCUCUUCAUUGGACAGCCAAGAGAAACGACCUGCCUCCUCCGCCAAACAGCCUUCAGCAUCAUCUUGUCAGUGGCUGUCUCUUCUCUCCUGGCCAAAACCAUCACCGUGGUGCUUGCCUUCCUGGCAACCAAGCCAGGCAGCCGGGUUAGAGGAUGGCUGGGGAGGAGUUUGGCGAGUUCCAUUGUCAUCUCUUGUUGCAGUGUCCAGGUUCUCUUCUGCACCAUCUGGCUGGCCACCUCUCCACCCUUUCCUGACUCUGACAUGCACUGCCAGGCUGCACAGAUCAUCCUGAAGUGCAACGAAGGCUCUGUGACCAUGUUCUACACUGCCCUUGCCUACUUGGGCUUCCUGGCUGCCAUCUGCUUCACAGUGGCCUUCCUGGCCAGAAAGCUGCCUGGGGCCUUCAACGAGGCCAAGCUGAUCACCUUCAGCAUGCUGGUCUUCUGCAGCGUCUGGGUGUCCUUCGUGCUCACCUACCUGAGCACCAGGGGCAAGAACAUGGUGGCCGUGCAGGUCUUCUCCAUCUUGGCCUCCAGUGCUGGGCUGCUGGGCUGCCUCUUCCUCCCCAAGUGCUACAUUAUCCUCCUGAGGCCUGAUCUGAAUACAAAGGAGCAUCUGACAGCAAAAACAAUGCAGAGCAUCUGA